AGGCUGUGAGGAUGACAGAGCAAGAGCUGGAAACAAACAUCAGUGAAGAAUGAAGGGUUUAGUAUGUAUACUGCUGCUGUUGGAAACCUUUGUGUUUGUCGUCCAGCAGCAGGUAGAUGGAGGACUCAAUGAGAAUGAGAUCAGUCAACAGAUCAGCUCUGAGGACGGAAGACAGAAUCCACCUCAAACAGACACUUUGAGAGCUGAAGCUUCAACUGACAGCCAACAAUACUACAAUCUGUGCUUCCCUGACAUCCAUGCAGCACUGAGAGAACUGACCGCCACCAUUAAUGAGCAGCAAGCAAACAUGAGAGCUUUAGAGACGCAACUGAGGAACGAGAUGAACAAGAAAGAUGAAGAAAUUUCAAGUCAAGUGGAGGAGUUGAGAAAGGAAAAUAGAGACAGAGAAAUAGCUUUUUCAGCUUCACUGCUGGAAUCUGGCAGUGGAUAUAUUGGUCCUUUUCCCACUACGACCACGCUAACCUACAAGAACGUCUUCACAAACAUAGGGAACGCCUACAACCCAAUUACAGGUAUUUUCACAGCCCCACUGAAAGGAGUGUACAUGUUCAGAGUCUCUGUAUAUGGUUUUGGCCCAACUGCAGCAUCUGCAGACAUUGUUAAGAAUGGAAAGAUUGUGAUUGCAUCAUAUAAUAAUCAGGCUCAGAAUACGUUAAACGCCUCAAAUGGAGUUGUGUUGAUCCUGGAGGUUGGAGAUGUUGUCUAUGUGACACUUUACUCUGGCAGGAGGAUACAUGAUAGCCAGAAUAACCACAACACUUUCAGUGGUUUCCUGCUGUUUCCCUUAAGAUAACAGGAGAUUUGAAGAAUGUGAUUCCAAUAGUUCUGAACCUUCAGCGUAUGAUUUAAGGUUAU